AUGACUCUAGGCAUGCCUCCAGUGUAUUACAGGCUGCUUUCCCCACCAGCUCCAUCUGACCAGGAGCCAGUCUCUCGUGUUGAAGAUGGCGAUGAGAGCUCCAAACAUAUCAUCAUAAUUGUGCACACGGCAUAUGGUCCCAACUUCCAGAUACGUUGGGCCAAAUUUCUUGAGAGGUUGAACAGAGAGGUGAACAUCUAUGUAGUGACCUGCUUGCAAGGAUUAGACUUCUUGUUGGAAACAUACAGCCCACAUGUAUCAGGAAUUGUCGUCGCAGAUGACAGUAUUACGCAGCCGUGUUAUGACGAGCUUUCAGCUCGCCUAGUCGACCUUGUCUCCUCGGGAGAGAGAUUGACUGUGACUUUUGGAUUUGACCUGGCAAUCCAGGUUGCCUUCGACAGCUAUCAGUUUGAAAAAUAUCUGAAGGAAUUCUUCGGUCUCGAAUGGAAGGUCGCCGGGAUGAGCGCGAACAAAAGCAUGCUCAAACUUGGUCUAGAUGCGCUGCCCAAGUUAGCUCCUCGAGUGUUUAGGAGCGAGUACAAUGUGCGAUGCACGUUCCUCAGGAACGUUUCUAAAUCCGAUAAGGUCCUCGUAACCAUGGACAGGGCAUCUCCUGAACGGCACCUCAACUCGGAUGACGAGGAAGAGUCCACAGAUGAUAGCCUCGAAACCCUCGAAUUUGCCUUGGGGGAUGAGGAAGAGCAAGACGACCAGUCUUCCGAUGCCGCCACCGAUGCUGUUGAUGCUUCCCCAGCUACUAUGCCGUCCUCGAGUACUAGUUCCCUCGUCGCCCAUGAUUCCGAAUCGGAACAAGGGAGCACGACAUUCUCGCCUAUCGCAAGUGACUCGACCGAAGCCACUGAUACCGAUGUAUCUGAGGGAUUCGUCGCCUUCUUCCACCAAAACCUGGUCUUUGACUUCUUGGCGAUGCAGAAUGAAAUCCUUGAUGCCAACACGGGCUGGGUUUGGGAGGUCCCAGAUGCAAACCAGAUGACCGUAGACAAUGGUGAAGCGGGAGAAGCGACUACAACGUUUACUCUUGACGAAGGCUACGCCACAGACAUCUCGAUCGCAAGUUCUGAGGCAGGAAAUUCCGGCGACGAAGCCGAUGACGAGCACGAAGACGGCAGCGGUGACGAUUCCGAUAGCAGCGACCUCUACGACGACAACGUGUACGAUGAAUUCGAUGAAUAUCUCGGCAGUGGUAACGCGAACGCUUCCAACAGCGAUGCCAACGACGACGAACAAAUUGCCGAUUACGUGCCCGAAAACAACGUCAGAAGCGGUUACGUCUCCUCCGACUUCGAAGGAACCGAAGCAGAACGACUCGUCGCGAACUCCCCCGUUACAAUUCACGGGUUCAGGGCCAGCAAAGGCUCCCCUGAAUGUUACUCCGGAUUCGUGGCCUUCCUUGGUCACGCUGCUGAUAAUCGUUCCUUUGCAUCGAUUCUUCUUGCGAUGUGUGGUGUGCGGAGAAAGGUCUACGGCUCGGACAUGGAAUAA